AUGUUCACUAACAUAGCGAAAACCAAAUCGAACCUUCAACUAAUAUUCAACCGUUUUAAGCACGAAUAUGCACCAAGAUUUAGAGAAGUGGAGAAAGCACAAAAGGGAAGAGUUUCAGUAAGAACAGGAGGAUCAAUAAAAGGAAAUACAUUAGAAUUUGGUAAAAUAGGAUUACGUCUAAAAUCAUGUGGAUUAAGAAUGAGUGCUAAUCAAUUAUUAGCAGCAGAUAAAGUAUUACGUCGAGAAUUAAGACCAACAAAAUCAAAAUUAUUUACAAGAUUUGUAUGUGAUUUAGCUGUUUGUAUAAAAGGUAAUCAAACAAGAAUGGGUAAAGGUAAAGGUCCGUUUGAUCAUUGGGCUACAAGAAUGCCCACAGGAAAAGUAUUAUUUGAAAUUGAUGGAGCAAUUCAUGAUAAAGUAGCGAGAGAAGCUUUAAGAAAAGCUGCUGAUAAAUUACCAGGAUUAUAUGAAAUUAUAACGCCAGAAUCAAAGGUAAGAGUAAGUAUGACUGAUUUAAUUGAAAAACCUAAACCAGUUGAUUAUGUUGCAAAAUUGAAUGCUAAUCCAAGUAAAAAAUGGUCAAAUAUUCAAACUUUUAAAACUGAUCCUAUUUAUAGAUUAUAUAGUGGAAGAUGA